AUGUCGGAAUCAUUAUUGGACCGCUUCAGAAAAGGAGCUGAAAAGGCCGCGGUCCAGGCGACCGCCUUUGCGCAUACAUCUGCCAACAAGCUGGCCAGCGAGUCAAAGGGAUUCGCACAGGGCUUUAGUCUACCAGGAGAAGCAGAAAAGGCUGCGAAUAUCCUCGAAAGUUUUCUCGCGAACCCAGACGAUCCGCAAUCCGCACUCAACGCAGUUCCAAAGGCUGUUUUGCAGCGAGCGCGAGGUCUCGCCGUGUUCCAGGUCAUUAAAGCUGGCUUCAUCUUCUCUGGCAAAGCUGGCUCUGGGCUCGUCAUUGCCCGUCUCCCAGAUGGAUCCUGGUCCGCACCGUCUUGUAUCGCUACUGGAGGUAUAGGAUGGGGCCUGCAAGCAGGAGCGGACGUUACCGACUUUGUUAUUGUACUCAACUCUGAGGAUGCUGUCCGUGCAUUCUCGAUUGGUGGUAAUGUCACCAUUGGUGGAAACGUCAGUGCGUCCGCGGGCCCAAUUGGAACAGGAGGCAGCGUUCUUGCCAGUCUGGCCCAUCCCGCCCCCAUGUUCUCGUAUUCCAAGUCCAAGGGUCUCUUUGCCGGUCUCUCCUUGGAAGGGACAGUUCUCAUCGAACGAAAGGACGCUAAUAGAGACUUUUACGGAUCGCCGGUACCGGCAAAGGAUAUUCUCACCGGGAGGGUACCGCCACCAGAGGUUGCAAGUCGCAUGUACGAAAUCAUCGAGGCUGCAGAAGGUUUAGACGAGACAGGUCUCCCCGCAGAAGCGUACAUCCCCGAGGGAGGUGCAGCGCCAGCGGCUCCUGGUGGCCAAACGGUAUUUGAUGCAGGACACUAG